AUGUCUUCAUUAAGACUCCCUUUUUUCACCUGUCUCUCCCAGGUGGCAAAGCUGGCAGCUCUUUCUUCAGGUCUGCCAUUUGUAUGUUUUACUGUAUAUGCAGCAACAGAGAAAGAAUCAAAAAGUCACCUGGUGAAACCAGAUCAGCUACCAAUUUACUGUCCGCCACCUCUGACAUCGAAAUAUAUUGAAGAACAGCCCGGUCACUUGCAGAAGCAAUUCUCUUCAGUAAGACAGACAACUGGGCGCUAUAUUGGAUGGUGCAAGGAUGCUUUUCUCUUUGUUAAAAAUGGAGUCGUGGAUUCAAUUCAGUUUGGAAAAGAUGCUUACAUUUACCUGAAGGAUCCACCACCAGAAUUUCUUCCCAGAGUUGGUGUCAUUACAAUAUCAGGCUUAGCUGGCCUAGCACUGGCAAGAAAAGGUUCUAGAUGGAAGAAAAUUGUUUAUCCACUUGGACUUACUGCUUCAGGAAUUUCUGUUUGUUACCCAGCUCAGUCAGUGGUAUUUGCUAAGGUAACAGGGAAAAAGCUGUUUUCUGCAAGCCAUCAAACCUAUGGGGCUUUGCAAUCACUGUGGGCAAAAAAUGAAGAUGUCACCAAGCUGCAGCAAGAGUCAGCAUCAGUUACUCAAGAUAAGAAAAAGAAAGAAACUUCUAGUACAAAACCAGAGUCUGCUGUUGAGUCAAGAUCAUUUAACAGAACAGAAUCUUCUCCGGUAGAGUCUUGGAGUAAGGAAGAUCCAGUGCCUUCAUCAGGAACAGUGAAGACAUCAAAAUUUAAGCCUGAUCCAAAACUUAUGGACCAUGGUCAAUCCAGCCCAGAAGAUGUGGAUAUGUACAGUACUAGAAGCUAAGACAAAUAUGCUUACAAAUCUUUGCAAAGUGUUACAGAUAGGGGGAGGGAAAGAAGGGAAGGAAUAUUCCUUAUGAUACAUACUCUGUGAUGUAUAAUUUAAU